CCAUUUAAAGUGGGAGUCUAAAGAUGGCAGCCAACGUCAGUAAAUUAAACAUGGCUCGAUUAAGAAGAAGUUCAGUGUUUUCAGUGUUCCAGUUAGACCUCCUCCGUGAAUUAGUCUGCGUCCUGGUGGCUUUUUGUGUUCUGACGCAGCAGUCGCUGGCAGACCAGCAGGAGUUUCUCGAAGACUUUCUGAAGCGGGAGUAUUCUCUGGUGAAACCGUAUCGAGGUCUGGGCUUCUCCAGCUCCUCCCAGUGGGAUCUGUUGGGAACGGCCAUGGUGACACCUGACCAUGUGAGGCUGACCCCAGACCAGCAGAGCAGGCAGGGAGCCGUGUGGAGCCGGAUCCCAUUCGUCUUGAGGGAUUGGGAACUUAGAGUUCACUUUAAAAUCCAUGGCGUCGGAAAGAAAAACCUAAACGGAGAUGGACUUGCCUUCUGGCUUACCAGAGAUCGCAUGCAGAAUGGUCCCGUUUUCGGCAACAUGAACCAGUUUGUUGGACUUGGAAUAUUUGUGGACACUUACCCAAACGCAGAUAAGACCCACGAUAGGACCUUUCCGUACGUCUCGGUAAUGCUGGGAAACGGAACCCUGACGUACGACCACGACCGUGACGGGAGGACCACCGAGCUCGGAGGAUGCACGGCCAUGACGCGCAAUUCCAUUUAUGACACCUUCCUUCUGGUCAGAUACUCCAAAAACAAAUUAACGCUCAUGGUGGAUGUGGACGGGAAACAGGAAUGGAGAGACUGUGCUGAAGUCAAUGGGCUGAGGCUUCCCAUUGGAUACUACCUGGGUGCCUCCUCUGUUACUGGAGACUUGUCAGAUAACCACGACGUCAUCUCAAUGAAAGUGUACCAGCUAUCUGUAGAGAGGACUCCAGAGGAGGAGGAGGAGGAGGAAGAGGUGGUCACCAUCCCGCGGGUGGACGACAUGUACCAGUUUCAAGUGGAUGUGGAGGAGGAGGGGAUGAGUGGGCUGCAGCUGUUCUUCACCCUGCUGUUCUCUGUCCUGGGCCUGGCCGUGCUGGCCGUGGUGGGACUGGUGCUUUACGGCCGCUGGAAGGAAAACAAGCGCAAACGCUUCUACUGAGAGGCGCUGCUUCUCAGAACACAGGUCCUCGGUGCACAUUAGAUCAACUGGAGACCGCCGUGCUGUAACUGGAACUCAGACCGACGACCUUCCAGGUCGAACGUGGAGAGAACACGAGCGGGAUGGACAGAUAAGUCAGGUGGAUAGUGUUUUUAUAUCUUUUAUUUUUUUUUUCUUUUAAGUUCUCUGGAGGAUGUGAAGGUCUCAGCAGGUUGUCUGCUGAGUGAGACUCUGUCCUCACCAACAGGAGGCAACAAAAGAAUCAAGUUUCUGGAAUCAAAUUGCUGUGUGGACUUCACUGACAUCAUGAUACGGAAGUUUGGAGAUGAGUUCGGCAACCCCCACCUCUUCAGUCACCUCACAGGUUGCACCUGAAAACAAAGUAAAGGAAUAAAACUGCCAGAGGAACUUCAGGUUGUUCCUGCAUUAAACAGAACUUGUUUAGGAAGCUGCUCCUGUUGCACUCCUGUUAAAGCAGGUCAAUACCUGCAGCCGUUAUCACUGUUAUUUGGUGUCUGAAACUCGGACUAAAGACUAAUUUAACAACAGCAAAAGAACCAGAAGUUAAUGCUGAAGUUUAAGGCAGCACACCACCAAUCAUCUUCCUGUGGGAAACACAGACUAAUGUCUGAUAGGAAAGUACAGCAGUGUAAAUAUAAGCACUGCUUUGCUGUUACACCAGGCAGGAAGUUUGACCCUAAACAAGUUCUGUUCUCAGCAGGACAUUUAUUGGUGACGCACCACCAUCAACCUAUACUUCCUGUCUAGCCAUUGGUUUCUCAGUUAGUAGCUCUGAAAGUGAAAGGGUUGUAAUAAUGAGAUGGUUCCAGCCGCCAUCUUCAGCCUCCUGGAACAACUCAUCAAGGUUUAUCUACAUGGACAUGCCAACAAAUGUUUACCUACUGCCUGUGUUUUUAAUCAGACAGUAUCUUUACAUCCUCUGUUCUCGUUGCCAGUUUCAACAGGAAAAUCAUUGGUGAAGCAAGGACACAAAAAAAUCUCUUUAAGUUCCUCUGUUCUGUUAUGAGUGUACAUUUAGCUCCAGUUUUUAAAUCUGUGACAUCACAAAUCUAAUUAUCCAAUCAGUGGACAGAUUGACUCUGCCUCAUGAGCUAAAAAAUUCUGUAAGCAAUUGCUGUCCUUUGAUUGGACAACUAGGUUUGGCAUUAAGUCCAGGCUGUCCAAUCAGUAUGAGGUGUGAAAACAUCAGAAGUAUUCAGAGCUCAGGAGUUCCAGAAAAUGUGAUUCCUGGGGAAAAAAAAAAAAAGUUUUCUCGAGUUUCACUAAAGUUCCUCUGUUUACUACAGAAGGUCCUCAAAGACAUGAAGGGAUUUCUUUUUUCUUUUUUUUUUUUUUUUACGAUACCUAGCAAAAGUAUUAGUUCCCCUCACAAAUUUUUGCAUUCUCUCACAAUAAUGUGCAAAUCAGUUCAUGUUGAAUCUUGAAUACUGAAAGUUUUUCUACUACAAUUUAAGGGUUUUGUCAGGUUCUUCCAUGUAUGUUAAUAUCUCGUUUCUGAGAUAUCUCAACUUUUAAAUCAUUUUCUUUAGAAUACAAAUGAACAUGGGCUUUCAUUCAAAACAGAAAGUUUCCUUAAGAAAGAAAAUCUACAUCCAAAGUAUUUGAACUAUUUUUGAGUUAUUUUCAUGGGGUAAUGAAGUCAUCUGACCAACCCCAACAGGGGUUAUGAGUUUGGAGAAAUUUCUCCAUCUUGGCUGCUGCUAGCAUGUGCUUGUUCUAAAUGAAAAUUAGCACUUUCUUUCUUUAUUUUCAAUUUUGCCUUAAAAUGAUUCAUUUCCUGCUAAAGAGCCCCGUGGCGUUUGCAAAACAUGCCACAGAAAAGCCACACCGGGCUAUAAGCCACAUGGUUCAAAACGUAGGAAAAAAGUAGCAGCUUAUAGUCCGAAAAAUACGGUAAUUAUGACUGCAGUACAAAUUAGACCAGGGUGUAUUUGCUAAUUUAUUGCGAGGGAAUGCAAUAUCUUUGUGACUUAACACACAGAACAAAAUGUCCCCUAGCGGGCUCUGUAGUUUUCUCUUUAGUUCAGAUAUUUUUUUUCUUUGCAGAUCUCAACUCUUUUCCACACAGGCAUCAUAUUCAGGAACCGGCUGACUUUCCAGCUGCUGUCUAUGGAAAAAUUGAUGGAUAAGCUGGUAAUCUUAUCGCUGCUAAUUAAUGAGACUCAUUAAAAAAAAAAAGAGCAUACUUUUCACUGGUUCCCUGUGAUGCACUGAAGCAGACACAUCCACAGACGGGAACAGGUCCCAUCAGGUAACUGUUUGUUUGAGAUUAUCCACUCUAGUUUCCUGCAGGCCUUGUUUUGUUAACUCAACCAAACCAGCAGUCUUCAAUUCAGCCUGCAGGUCGUAGCUGCCCGUUUAACUUUUACCUCCACUUUAAUCUGAAAUGUAGCUGCUAUGACCAAACAGCCAAGCUGUGGCUUGUUGCUGGAGUCUCGUUGAAGUGCCUCAUCAGGACCAGUACAGACAGUCCUGUCCGUCUGUAGCUUUAACAUGUUGUUUCUAGAUACAGGGGUGUCCAAACUGUGGCCUGGGGACCAUUUGCAGUUUCUAAGUGAUACAAAUUUGACUUUGACUUCUUUUUUUUUUAAUUAGAAAAAAAUUAUAAUUGAAAAGAAAAAAAUCAAUUAGUGUAUCCUACAUUUUUAAUUGACCCACAUAUUAAAAAAUUAAGACCCCCCACAAAGUACUCAUCUUUUCCUAACCAAACUUUCUGGACCACAUCUACCCACUAAUGCAAAGUUUGGUGCACCAAAAACUGCUUUUAAUUACACUAUUAAAACUUUGCCAAAUUCAUCAAGUGUUUUAAAAAUGAACGAGGACUUCUAUCAUGUUUUUAUUGCUGAGAAUCGGCUAAAUCUUUCUAUCAGUUUCUUUCAACAAAGAAAACUUGAGAAACCCUUUUAAAUAAUGACCACAUUUGUGUCGCACAACAAAUCUGACUCUUAUUUAAUUUAAAUAUUUAGUGCUUAGUUUAUUGUUUGAAAAAAUCUCAAAACUUGAUUUUACUUAUAAAACUAUUUUUUUACCCAAGUUACAAAACGUUUGGACGCCCCUGGUUUAUGCGAUUCAACAGAGACCUUUUUCUCUACUGUAUUGUUUUGAAACCAGUUUUAUCUGUGAGGAUUCAAGCAAUGCCGUUUAUCACCCAACAUGACUGCAGUUCUGUCCACGAAACUCUCUUAGGAGGACCUGGAGAUCCAGUGAGGAGCUUCAGCAGACUCACAGGCCGUCAGAUCUUCAUUGUGUUUUUCUCUAUGCAGAUCCACAUUUUUUGCAAUUUUGAGCCAUUUACCUCAAUCAUUCAUUUCAGUGUGAACCAAUUAGUUCUGUCGUUUUAAAUGUCAGUGAAGAAAUUAAUGCGGACACUGAUCUUUCCAUUAAAGUUUCUAUUCUUCCCUUAA